CAGUGUGGACACACCUGAAACAACCGCUUGGCCAACAGAACUUGCCUGGCCGCAGGUUUCCUAUCACCAGUUCGUGCUACACCAGUUUUCUACUUUGCGGAUUGGCCAACAAACAUUGGACAAAGAUAUCCCAACCCAUAUCGAAGCCCCCCUUAUGCUACACAUUUUUUUCCACGCAAGCCUCGACAGCUGCUCGCCAAGUGCACUCAGUCAGGUGAGACAUGAGUUCCUUUCACCCCACUCUCGUUUCCAGACUCCUUGGGUGCAGAACAUACUUUUGAAGAUUAACUAUUGUGCAGUCACUGAAGUGAAUACUGCCCUCGUAUGCAAAUUCUUUAGCGAUACCAAAUUCUCUCACUUUGGGGAGGAGGCGAGGGUAGUUUUCUCCAUGGUCGGCACCUCCAGGGUUGCGGAUUUGACCCCGUAGCACGACAAAUUCAUAUGACACGGCGCCAAAUCCGGUGCUGACGUGGCGUAUCCGCAUGCCAGGGAUGAGGAUUCACCUCAUACGUGACGAUACGUCCGCCCUGUUAUGACCCUAGCCUAGAUUUCUAUAUAUCCUAGCAGCACCACACUUCCGUACUUUCUUGAAAUCCCUGUUUUAACCACUUCCCAGCAGCGCCCCAUAUCCCAGCAGAACCCCAUUACACCCUAUGCCUGGUCUUACCAGGUCCCGUAAGAAGUUCCCAUGCUUUGUUAAGGUGUGUGCACGCGUAUACUUGUAGAGACAUUUACGGUUGAAGUGGCUUAUCAAACUCAUACAUUCAUCUUAGUGUGAUAUUCACUCAUUAUGCGUAACAGCCCACUGCUAUUCACUCAUUAUGCGUAACAGCCCGCCGCCCAACAGCCCUCUUCCCCCCUGCCCUCCGCCGCCCGACAGAACUCCGCCGCUCAGCAGCAGUCCUCUCCUCUGCUCUCCUCCGCCCAGCAGCACCCCUCCCCCUUCCUCUCCGCCGCCCAGCAGCACACCUCCUCCCUGCUCUCCUCCGCCCAGCAGCACCCCUCGCCCCUGUCCUCCGCCACCCAGCAGCACUGCUCACCACUGCUCUCCUCUGCCCAACAGCACUCUUCCCCCCUGCCCUCCGCCGCCCAACAGAACUCUGCCGCUCAGCAGCAGUCCUCUCCUCUGCUCUCCUCUGCCCAGCAGCACCCCUCCCCCCUGCCAUCCUCCGCCCAGCAGCACUCCUCCCCGCCGCUCCCGUCCGCUUCUCAGCACUCUUUCCCCCCUCUCUCCUCCGCCCAGCAGCACUCCUCCCCUGUGCACUCGAACCACCUAAUGCACUCCUCCCAGCUGCCCUCCACCAUUUUUUCCCCCUCUCAGCCGCUGCAAUACACCUCUGAUCUACCCUGACCAGUUGCACUCCUCUCAUGUGCUCUCCAACGCCCUGCUGCCCUCUUCAUCGCCUCUACUUUCAUCUGGCCAACCACCAUCCUGUUCCCCUCACUCCUCUUCCGCCCAGCUGUGCCCUUCACCUCUGCGCUCCGAUUCCCAUUUCAGUAACACUGCGACACCAACCGCAGGGAUCCUACGUGUUCCCGUAGCUGCGUUUUCUGCUCCCGCUCCUCACCCACACGUGCAGCCUCAACAUGAUGCAUGUUCGGACCCGGCUUCGGCCAUUGCCGCAAACCCCAACCCCUCUGCAGCCCAACGUGAUACACAUGUACCUGAGGCGCCCGUGCAGGCCAUGCGCUCUCCGCGUGUGGUGAGAGGGAAGAAGGUCCAUGCUGCCGAAGACCGCGAUUGGCUGAGCGACGACGACUCGUUUCUUGACUCGGAGGAGAUGGAGUGGGAUGAUGGUGACUUUGUCGAUGGUCCACACACAGCAGUGGAUCAACCGACAAGGGCGGAGGUCAACCAGCAAGGACAAGCAUGGCAGCUGCCCUCCUCCACCCAUCAGCCCUCCUCUUCCCAGGGCCGGCGCCAGAGGCAUGUCCCCACCUCCGUGCCAUGUACCUCGCAGCAGGCCCCAGGCGAUGAGCUUUUGACAGCGGAAGUGCCGCUUGUCAUAGGCACCACAUGUGCAGCAACUGAUACGGUUACCCGGGCCAAUCUUUGAAGCGCAACGUCGUCGGAAUCAAGAGCUGCAACGGCGGGUUUUGGAGUUGGAGGCGGAGUUGACGCGUCGCAGUAUGGGUCCAGCACCGGCCCAGCAGGGUGGCAUGCCCAGCACGGUCGGCGGUGGGCUGCAACACCGGGAAGUUGUGCGGGUGAUGGUCGGAACUGCUGAUCCGGUUUUGGCGCCUAGUGGCCACAACAUGUGGCCGCGUCGGCAGCGCAAUUUCGAGCGAGAGUUUGCAGACAAGUAUCUUGACCGGCGGCCUAUAGAUUACACGCAAAUGACGCCGAAGCAGAAGUCGUGGGCCGAGCGGCUCGUUUCGGCGUUCGAAUCGGUCCCUAGUGUCAAAACGAACCUUCCUGAGUACAUGAUCAAGGCUAUCGAAAUACUCUUCUUCCUCGCAAGCAACGAAGGCUUCACCAUGUGGCCUACCAGUACCAAGAUCCUCGAUGCCUUGUUCAUAGCUCUUGGAUGGAGAGGCGAGGAGAAGAGGAUGUUUUUGACGCUUGUGUACGCCCUUGACACAACAAGGUGGGACACAAUCCGCGCGAGCAUCACCACAUGGCGGAACAAGGUGCUGACUAAGGGACGGCUGCAUGUCUAUGAGGCCUUUGACCUCUUGGUCAACCGCCCGACGGUGCGACGUAUGGAGCACGGCGCCGCCACGUUCACCAUGUCUUUGUGGCACAUGCGCGCACGCAACAUUCCAUUCGGAACGGCUCUAUUCGUCGUGGCGAUCAUAGACUCUUUUUCUCGUCCGACAUCGCCUACCAUCAUUUUACCACUGAAGCUUCUCGCAUUUUGGCUCCAUGGGGUUGAGCAUCGAGUGCUCCAUGAAAACCAAGAUAAGUCCAAAAGUUCUUGCGUUAAUCACAACCAAGUGGAGGUGUACUAUAACCACCUCCGUAACUGGGCGCUUGAAGCAAUUGCCGCCGGCACGGAUGGCGAUGGGCCAUGGUGGGACGAGAAUGUGAAGGCUUGGGCAUUUUCGGAGAGCCAUGUAGUAUUUAUAAGUGCAGAUGGGUUGUCUGCAGUGCCACGUGCUUGCAGGUAGAGAAUUAUUACCUUAAAUAAAUAAUUAGGAUUCAUGAGUGCUUCGUGCAAUCUGUCUUUCAGAUGAUUUAAUGCACGUUUAGAUUUUGUGCUAUUAAAA